AUGACUUCCUCGUCAGUAUGCAUCUAUUUGCCUGUUCUUAUCGAUUUUGUACCUGGAAUUUUAGAGAUCCUGAAAGUCCUUGUGAAUGAAGUUGAGACAAAAUACGUUUACGAUGAUCCCCUCACUCCAGUCGUUCCACCUUCGUCCCGAAAAACUGCGUACCAUCAUCCAGAAUACAGGCAACACUAUACCUAUGCACUCCAAGAAUCUGAUGAAGGCGAACUGGUGAUAGAUAUUCCAGAACAGGUGCCCAUUAUCCAGGUUCAAGUAACCUUCAUAUUGACUGAGCCCAGAUCAGGGCUUCACUUUGUUCUUCCUGAUGCACUUGUAACGCCAGACAGAUACCCUCAAUUAUACUCGAAUAACCAAACCUCAAGUGCUCGCUUAUGGAUACCUUGUAUUGACCGAUAUCAAGAACGUUGUACGUGGGAUAUACAGUGUAGACUGGGUGACAGAGAGAUGCUCGUUCUUUGUAGCGGGGAGUUGGAUGAGCAAGUGCUACAUCCUGUGGAUGCCACGAAAAAGAUAUCCAGUUACGUGCUAAGCAAUCCAGUUUGUCCUGCAAGUAUAAUGCUUGCGAUUGGACCCUUCGACACUUUUAUCCGGGACCAUGAUAUUAGCGAUGGAGGGUACGCCUUUUGCUUGCCAGGGAGACGUGAGCAGUUGGAGUAUACGACCAGUUUUGUAGCCCAGGCGUUAGCUUUUUUUGAACAGUAUCUGGGAGUACCGUUCCCUUUUGGUUCAUAUAAGCAAGUUUUUCUUGAAGACACCUACAACCCUGCGGCUGUCGGUGCAACUCUGGCUGUGUUUAGUUCUCACCUUCUGCUGGAAGAUAAUAUAAUUGAUCAAACGUAUGAGACCAUGCGGCUGCUGUGUCGAGCACUCGUCACCCAAUGGUUCGGGCACUACAUUGUGCCGAAAACAUGGGCUGAUACGUGGUUGACUGUUGGUUUAACCAACUAUAUUGUGGGGCUGUUUCUGGAGAGAUUUUUGGGCAAAAAUGAGUAUAAAUUUCGACUUAAAAAGGACAUGCAAAGAGUAUGCGAGUUAGAUGUCAAUCAGCCACCAGUUUAUCCGACCACUCAUUUCCAUCCGGACGAUGAUUGGGCAUCAGUACGAUCCGAGUUUCUGUCACUGAAGUCUCCGAUAAUUCUGUAUAUGCUCGAACGACGCAUGGGCAAGGGGAUGCUGCAAAAAAUGGUCAACAAAAUUUUGCUCAGCGCAGCUGCUGGGGAACUACCCAAUGGUCUUAGUACACAUCAUUUUCUCAGAGUAGCCAGGAAACUCACGGGGAAGUUGGAGCUGAAGACCUUUGCCGAUCAAUGGAUAUACGGUAGCGGAUGUCCACGAUUCUCUUUCAAGUAUAAUUUCAACCGGAAGAAGAUGAUGGUGGAGUUCAAGUUCCGUCAAGAGAACACGAAUGGUGGCAUUGUUGGAAGCACUCCAAAGUUCACGGGUCCUUUCACAAUACGAAUACAUGAGCCUGGUGGAACUUACGAUACUGAAGUCCACAUUGACGACUUGGAAAAACAAUAUGACAUUCAAUAUCAUACGAAGUAUAAACGUAUUCGACGAAAACCUAUUACCGCGAAAUCGAAGAAGGGCACAGAGGCUGGCGGGACUGAGGAAGGAACGCACGAUGUAACAAGAACUGAAGAGGGACGGAUAGAAUGGAUUGACGAGGAACCUGAGAGAUUGACGUUCGAGUGGAUUCGCCUUGACCCUGAUAACCAAUGGCUUUGUAUAAAGAUAUUUGAGCAGUCGGACUACAUGUGGGCAGCCCAGUUACAGAAAGAUCGAGAUGUGAACGCGCAAUACGAGGCCAUUGAGGCACUGGAUCACUUACCUUCCCAAGGCACUUGUGCGGUCUUGAGUGAUUUUGUCGGAGAUACAACCGCGUAUUACGGCCUGCGGAUGGAAGCCGCGUGCGCGCUGGCAAGGUGUACAUCAGAGCACAGAGGUGCUCUCGGUGUGAGAUCACUAUUAGAUACUUUUCGGGAGAAGUUCUGUUUCGGUGAUGCAAAUGACCCCGACGCAGUACUGCCAAAGAGCAACGAUUUUACGGAGAUGCAGGAGUAUUUUGUUAAGAAGGCGUUGAUUUCGGCGAUUGCUGCUGUUCGAGAGUUAGACGACAUAGCGCCCAUUCAAUGUCGACGAUUUCUCCUGGCCCUGUUAAAAUUCAAUGAUAAUACCGGCAAUUCCUUUUCGGAUAACUACUUUGUAGCAAACCUGAUAGUCGCAGUUGGAAAUUCAUUUCUGCCUACUGCCAGACAAGAUCUGUCGGCCGCGAUGGGAAGCACGAGUGCUACAGCAGCGAAUAUACCCUUGUUCAGGGAAGCACUCCGCGAAGUUCACCGUUAUCGAAACCUGGACCGGUUAAUGCCGUCAUAUCAUAACGCAGUGACCGCCGCGUGUUUGGAGACAUUGCUGAAGUGGAUGCUUGCUACUCUUAUACCGGUCGAUAUGCCUCUAUUCCUUCAGCACGCAAGAUAUGGCAACUUCCUGUACGUACGGAUCAUAGCGAUCGAUGCCCUUUUAGUUCUGGGCGGGCUUUCCAUACCCGAAAUUGCUCAAUGGUUGCUAAGACUGGUCGCGGACGAUCCGGCCCCCUAUAUUCGGUAUCAUGUGGCGAAAGCACUGACUGAAUUUAUUGGGGUCAUCACUGGAGAGACCAAAGGGUCUAUAACGUCAACUCCAGGGAAUGCCGGAGUGCUCCUAAACAGCGGCGUUCUAGCCAAUGGCCACGGUAACCGCCAAAAUGUCUGGGAGCAUAUGAGAUUCAACCUUUCUCAAAGACAAGACAUAGCGAAGACAGUGUGGCAUUUGAUGAAUUCCAAUGAGACCCUCGAUCACCGGGUGCGCACGUAUCUUCUGCGAUUUUGCGAAUAUUUGUACGAUCCAGCUCCAGAAGAACCAUUAGCAGCUAGUAGUGGCCCACCAGUACCCAAAUUGAGGAUCAAAAUGCCUUCGAAGCCGGCAGACGAUAGCGCGAGUGAUGAAGAAGCUCCACCUGCGGUGAAGAAGGUUACAAUCAAAAAUGGUAUGUUGAUGAAGGUAAUCCACAUUGGAGAUCAAGAUAAAUGA